AUGCCCAGCAAACAAAAAGGCCUAAAAAACACAUCGAAGGGGCCCAAGGGUCACCCACAAGAAGGUUCAUCCCUCAAUCUCCUUAGAGUUGCUGCCAACAAAGCAAAUCCAGACAUUCGAAAGUAUGUCCUAAAAACGCUAAAGGUUGACAACAGCGAAAGUUGGCUCUCCCACCCGGAGAUUCCUACUGCGCAAGAGAUUAUGGGCCAGACAGGCGCAAUAGAUCUUGACGACGGUACUAUUGAUCUUCCCACGAACCAGAUUGACGGACCAUGGGAGUCGCCAAAGGCGUACCUGAACGCCCAUUAUGAGCUUCUUAGGGAGGAUACCGUGGCUUCACUUCGAGACGCAGUAGCUCUUGUGCGAGAUGAGCCUAAAAUGACCGACACUAACGAGGUCUGCAUCUAUGAAAAGGUCUAUAUCACUGGCAUAACUCUCAGUACAAAAGGCGUCGCGACAAAGAUAUCUUUCUCCACUUCCCGUGCAGGGAAAAACAUCGUGUGGGAGUACACAAGUCGGUUGAUUACAGGUUCCAUGGUGGCACUGUCUCCAGCAGAUGAUUGCUUCCAAACUCAAUGCCUCGUUGCGGUUGUUGCAGCCCGUCCUCUUGAACAGCUAAACAACCGACCUCGUCAAAUCGACAUUUUCUUUGCUGAAAGCAAUAAUGCCCCAUUCGAUCCUCAGCAAGAGUGGAUAAUGGUACAGGCAAGGUCUGGGUAUUUGGAGUCGAGCCGCCACACAAUGAAGACAUUGCAAGUUAUGAGUAAAGAAAGUUUCCCUUUCUCCGAACACCUUUGCGACCUCAAGACCGAUAUUGGUCAUCCGACCUAUAUUGGGGAAAACCCGCAAAUGAAACUGUUUGACAACAAGUACGCCGACAUUCUGUCUGACUGGCCUUCAGAGCCGCAGAACAACCUCGAUACAUCCCAAUGGGAAGCGCUGCAUCAGAUCUUGACGAAGAGGUUGGCAAUAAUACAAGGCCCUCCAGGAACGGGAAAAACUCAUGUAUCUGUUUCUGCGUUACGGUUAUACCUAUCAAAUUGGAAGGAAGGCGACCCUCCAAUUGUGAUUGCUGCUCAUACUAACCACGCUCUUGAUCAAUUGCUUAAUCAUAUUUCGGCUUUUGUUCCAGACUAUAUUCGCCUGGGCGGCAGAAGCCUCGACGAAAAUGUGAAAAAGCGAACGUUGUUUGAAGUCAAGGAACUGCUAUCUCCGUUCUCUGCCGAGGAGUUGUGCGAUCCACUCCCAGGUACAUUCUUUCUUAAGCAUGGUGCCAUCACAAACGGCCAAUAUAGACUUCUCUGUGAGGGAGCCGGCGGCUGGGAAGGAUCAUGUACCGAGCCCAUGAGUAUCUGGCUUGGUGACUCAUUUGGAAAGCAUCGUGUUACUUACAAUGAUGAGAGCUUCGAACAGGAAGACGAUGAGGCGGAUAUGGAAUAUGAGCAGCUCAAAGAGUUGGAACAAGAGCGAGACUACCUGGAUGAUGAGCUUGAAGCUCUUAAUGGAUAUUUCUUACCUCUGCAUGAGCCAUUCAUUGGACUAGAAGAUUCGAACGAGCCUGAAGAAACGGAAGCAGACAUGGGCGAUCUGUGGCAGAUACCUCCCAGCAGAAGAGGUCACAUCUACAAUAAACUCAGACAACGUGCUAAGAACAAUCUGCUUUUAUCGUUCAGAGUGAAUGUUCAGCAGCACAAUGCUGUCGCUACAGAGCGACAGAUUGGCAAGUGGGAAUAUGAUUACGUGGUGUUGAAGGAUGCCAAGGUCAUAGGAAUGACCACUACAGGACUAAGCAAAUACCGUGCUUUAGUGUCGGCCCUGAAACCAAAAAUCAUCAUGAUUGAGGAGGCAGCUGAGACAAUCGAAGCCCCCAUAACUGCAGCAUGUGUUGAAUCCCUUGAACAUUUGAUUCUUGUCGGUGACCAUAAACAGCUACAAGGAAGCUGCUCUGUCAGAGAAUUGGAAAGCCCACCUUACAAUCUGAAUGUGUCAAUGUUCGAACGACUAGUGAGGAAUGGUGUCGACUUCAGGACUAUGACCCUACAGCGUCGUAUGGUUCCGGAGAUCCGACGUCUACUCACACCCAUCUAUGAUAACAUAGAAGACCAUGAGACAGUCAAUAAACUCGCCAAAGUGCCAGCCAUGGGAGAGGUUCGGGCAUUUUUCUUUUCUCACCAUUGGAGAGAAAAUUCGGAUAGCUUGUUCUCCAAAUACAAUCACAAUGAAGCGCUGAUGGUUGCAACUUUCUUCCUCUAUUUGGUAUUAGCAGGGCUGGAUUCCGCGCAUAUAACAGUGCUCACUUUUUACAACGGCCAGAGGAAGAAGAUCCUUAGCCUUCUGAAAAGUAACAAACACCUUCAGGGCAGACAUCUCAAAGUUUACACUGUCGAUUCUUACCAAGGAGAAGAGAAUGAAGUUGUGUUGUUGUCUUUAGUGAGAAGCAACGACCAGAACGGGAUUGGUUUCCUCAAAAUCGAGAACCGUGUCUGUGUCGCACUAUCUCGAGCUCGACGUGGGUUCUACAUGUUCGGGAACGCUGAGCAUCUCGCUUCUGAAAGCCCUCUAUGGAUGAAAGUGAUCAGCGUCAUAGGCAGUGGAAAUGCGACUACUACUUGUAUUGCGCGCUACAUCCAAUUAACUUGUGAAAAGCAUGGAAAUAAAGAGUUUGUGGAGAUGCCCCAAGACUUGGUAGAACUUACAGGAGGGUGUAGUGUUCCGUGUACGCAGACUCUCGACUGCGGGCAUACUUGUGCACUACGAUGCCACAAUUUCGAUCAUUCUCAAAUUGAGUGUCAAGCCACAUGUGAAAGGACUCUUUCCUGUGGUCAUACGUGUGGAAUGACGUGUUCGGCGGAGACCUGCGUUUGUUCAGUCUGCGGACAUUGGGCUAUGAAUCCAAAAUUUCCUGGGCAGAAGACCGUGCUAUCACAAACCAAUGCUUCUCAACAAGCAAAACCCAUCACACAGCCCUCAGUUGCACCCUCAACUACCUACGCAGAGAAGGCAAAGGCACAUGUCACAGCAUAUCAACAAUUCGCAAACGGCGGCGCCAAAGAACACGAUCGUCAAAUUGCAGAGACCAUGCAAGCACAAAGAGCACAGGAAAUACUCGCUCGCCUUGAUGCCGAAGCAGAAGCGAGCUUGUUUGCGGACGAUGAGUUGGACGAAUCUGAGGCCGCCGUUUCUACCGAAGAAUCGGCUGGAGGAAUUUUGUCAGAUGCAGAGAAAGAAAGCAGCAGCACCAGCAACAGCAACAACAGCGACACCCCUACCCGAAGACGUUUCGUAGAGACAUUUGAUCCGUCGAAAGGCCUGAAGGAGCUGACCAUCAGCUCUAAUGAGAUGACUUUGAUUGACCUAUGCGACUGA